GUACAUCGUGUGUGCGUCCGUGUGAGUCGUUGAGUCGAUGAAGCUGCUCCACAUUUUCAGCGAGAAACCAUUUUGCCUAAUUUGUGGAUUAUACUGGAUAUAUCUAUGACAAACAGUUGAUGAACGCAGGAUUGAUUCUAUUGAUGUUCAAUCGGGUCUUUCAGAAUUAACAUAUCUAACUCAUAAUGAGUGAACCAGCUCAAGAAGAGGGCUUUAGGGAACCUGACCCUGGCGAAGUAAGGGAUGAUGAGACGAUACCAGAGCCCAUGCCUAGCGACCGCUCCGCCCCUCCCAGGAACAACUCUGCUAACUCCCCUAGGAGACCAGUUACACAGAAAGGAAAGCUGCAGAAAGUCACCAUCGUAUUAUUGGAUGAAACAGAAUUUUACUGUGAUAUUGAGAAACGUGCCAAAGGGGAAUCACUGGUAGACCUGAUAUGUGAUCACAUGGACAUCGUUGAGAAAGAUUACUUUGGCCUUACUUAUAGAGACUCACAAGACUGCAGGAAUUGGGUCGACCCUAUAAAGGAAUUGAAGAGGCAAAUGAAGAAUGGACCUUGGUUAUUCUACUUCAAUGUCAAGUUUUAUCCACCAGAUCCAGCACAGCUCAAAGAAGAUAUCACAAGGUACUUUCUUUGUCUACAAAUCCGCGAUGACAUUCUGCGAGGGAGACUGCCCUGCUCAUUGGUGACACACGCCCUCUUGGGUUCGUACGUGGUACAGAGUGAGCUUGGUGAUUUUGAUGCCGACAAGCAUGGCAUCGAUACAGCCUACCUUGGUCAAUUCCGCUUCGCUCCGGAGAGGAAGAAAGAGCUCGACGAGAAAGUCAUGGAGUUGCACAAGACACACAGAGGGCAGACCCCAGCUGAGGCCGAUCUUCAUUUCCUUGACAAUGCUAAGAAGCUCGCUAUGUAUGGAGUUGAUCUACACCACGCAAGGGAUUCUGAAGGAGUAGACAUCAUGUUGGGCGUAUGUGCCAACGGGCUGCUGAUCUACAGAGAUAGACUGAGAAUAAACCGCUUUGCCUGGCCAAAGAUCCUCAAGAUAUCAUAUAAGAGAAACAACUUCUACAUCAAAAUUAGACCAGGAGAAUUUGAACAAUUUGAAAGUACUAUUGGAUUCAAGCUGGCCAAUCAUAGGGCAGCUAAACGCUUGUGGAAAGUAUGUGUAGAGCACCAUACAUUCUUCCGCCUUGUACAUGCAGAACCUCCCAAGAAGAGACCCAUCUUCUGGCUCGGCUCCAAGUAUCGUUACAGCGGACGAACACAGUUCCAGACCAGACAGGCUAGCGCCCUCAUUGACAGAGAUAGUCCAGCCGUGGAGAGAGGAGCGAGCGAGAGGCACACUAGAAGUUUAGAUGGUGGAUAUGGAUCAUCACCACGUGACCCCGACAGGGCAGACGAGGUCGUCACACCAGACAAGGCGCGAACGCUCGAAGCCCGCCCUCAGAGUGGCUACGAGGCACAUGUUCCAUACGUUGACAACAACGAGGAUGAGAAGAAGAAAUCACAGCGACUCGACUCCGAGGACGGGAGUCGCGAUGCGGAGAUGGACUUGACUUCCGAUGAGGGAGAUUACGACGGAGAAACACAACAAGUGCGAAACAUCAAGCUAUCUUAUUUCUCGAGGUCAGCAGAUAACAUGGCAAGCGGCCAGCCAGAGGGAGACGAGGAGAAUCCUGAUGAGGGUACCUUCCAGAAAGAAGUUACCACGGUAACCACUACCAAGACGACCACGUAUACAGUAGAGAGAACAGGCGACCAGAAUGGUGAUGCAGUUCAGGAGACAACGUUUGGAGACGAGGAUGAGCACCCAGUGUUAUUGUUGGAAGGUGAGCCAACACGGCUUCACAUCCACGAGGUACCGGAGGUUAUUACAACCACUACCGUCAAAACAUACAUCACUGAUGAAUAUCCUAAUGAGCAGCCUGAAGCUGAUCAGGUCAUUCCAGACCAAUCUCCUCAACAAAUGACCCAUGAGGAGGAGGACUUGACCCCAGACAGGGUCAGAGAUGACUCACCAGAGCCAGUCUUGGCCGGUUCUGACCAGUUUGAACCGGUCAAGGAGAUUGACUUUGACCAGCAGGAACCGGGUCAACCCAAAGCCGAAGAGGUCAAAGAUGAUUCACCUGAUGAUUCUCCUCUCCUUGCCCGUACAUACCAGCCAGAACCAGUCCAGUCCGGUUCUGACCAGCCCGAACCAGUCAAAGAGACUGAAUCCAACCAGCAGGAACCGGUUGUGGAGGAAGAGGUCGCUAGAAUGGAAGUUAGUGGGGUUGAAUCGACCCCCGACCGUGGUGUAGGAGGGGAGGUUGCCAUGGUAAUCCGCCUUGGUGAUGGGGAGGAGCAGGAGGAGGAGGAAGAAGAAGAGGAUGAGGAAGAAGAGGAGAUGAUGGCCGCUGCCCAGCCCGACGUCGAAGACGAGGUCUCACCGUUCGUCAAGACGGCCAUGCUGGUCCAGCAGCAGCAGAGCUCCGAAGACGACUCCAAGCUCACCAGGGACGUGCCGUACGUCAAGACGGAGAACACCACCAUCACCUACGAGAAGGACCCGGAGGAUGCGGUGGACGGCGACGAGGAUCCGGGAACCCUGAUCAGCGCCCAGACCAUGACGAGCGAGACGAGGUCAAUGACUACAACCACUCAUAUUACCAAGACUGUAAAGGGUGAGCUGACUGAGACGAGAGUUGAGAAGAAGAUUGUCAUCCAGGCGGACGGUGACUUAGAUCAUGAUAAGGAGAUGACGGAAGCCCAAGUACGAGCUCUGUUAGCGGAGACUCUAGCCGAGGAGCAGCUUCAGAACCCUGACUUCCAGGUCACCCGUAUCGUCAUCCAGAAAGAAGGAGAGGAGAUCAACGGAGAUGUGGAAGAGGAGGCUCAACCAGCUCAGGAUUAAGCUAAUCCACACUUAUCUAAUCCACACUAAUCUAAUCUCUGUAAUUCUACAUAGCCACAUCUUCCUAUAUAAGUACUCUAUGUCAUAAGAUGCCCAGGUCACUAUCAAAUUUAUUUGGAAGGCGAACUUGACCAUAAUCUCCACAUAAUUUCUUUUUUUAAUAGUUCCGAUUUAAUUGAGCCUAAUGAUAUCUUGAUCUAGAAUGUUAAAAAAUAUAUUAUGCAGUAGGUGAUGUUUGUUCAAGAGGAUGAUCUACUCUAAGACUGAAAACAAUUACAUAUUUAAAGAAUAUUGACUGUAAAAAGUCCUAUGAAAAUACAAAAUACAGACCAAAAAGAAACAAAAAUUUAUAAAGAUGUACAAUGUAACUCUAGUCUUGAUAUCAAGAAAUGAGAUUAAGUAGAGCUGUAGUCUAGUCUAACCUUUAGAUUUAGAUGUUUCAAGCUUCAGUGCAUCUAGAAAAGAUCUAAGUAAUAGUUGUUUUUACAAUUUUUAAGAAACAAUAUCUCCUGUAUACCUUUUUGAGAUAAGGUCUAUUGCAAAUGCAUUCUUGCUCGUAGACUUAGUUGCAAUGUUUAGAACUGAAAUAGGAAGAAUGGUUGAUUGAUUAUCCGGUUGAGAAUCGAGUAUGUACAUCAAGUCAUCUACAAAAUGGUUUAUGAAGAAACACUGUCAUUGAACAAGCAAGAUAUUGUAUUCUGGUAAGGGGAAUCAGGAAAAAGGUGAAAAGAAAUUUUAAUGUAUUAAUAUCACUGUCAAUCUAUCAUCGUGUAAUAAGGUACUCUUUGUAAAAUUUAUUCAAACAAUUUUUCAAUUUCAGAUGUAGUUGUCACAUGUUGUGUAAUGGUACCAUUUUUUUCUACUGACGUAUGAACAUAAAAAACUUAUCAUCAAACAAAAAGGUAUGGCAUAGAGAGCAAAUCAAACGUUUUUAACCAUUUAGGCGCAACAGUGUGAACAUGAUUAAAGAUGAAAGUAAACGCUAAAUUUAGGAUUGGGAUGUGUCGGGUGAAAGGAAAGCACAAAGGAAAAUAGAUGCAAGUUUGUCAUAUUUUGUCACUUCAUUGAUGAUUUUAAAGCCGUUUUUGAAAUUCGAAUUUGAAAUAAAAUGAUGAAAUUGGCUGGUUCGUGUUGCUUCAUAUUUGCCUGUAUAUAUAUAGCACCAUUUCUGCCAUUUUGUGAUAUUCAUUCACUCACUUUAAAGAUUAAUAGAAAAAUAUAUAUCUAAGCUUAUACUCUUUUUGUAUUCUUUUUUUCUGCUUACUAAGGUGUUGUAAGCAGUCUCAAUAAACAUGAUCCUCUUAAAUGAUUUCCGAUUCAUAUCGUUAAUGCCAACAUACAGUCAAACCUGUCUUAGUGGCCACCUCUUUAUAAAGGCCACCUGUCUAUAGUCGCCAGGAAUUUCGUCUCUGUCAAGAAAGAAAUGUGUGUCGUAGAACCUGUCUAGAAAGGCCACAUGUCUACAGUUGCAACCUUCUUUUGGUUUGCCUAGGGUGACCUUUAUGGACAGGUUUGAUUGUAAUUGAAAAGAGCCAGUACAUCAGUGUAUGCUUAGACUAAUUGAGAAGGCUUUGUGCGAAGAUAUAGUAUAGGGUAGUAUAACCUUGUUUUGGGCCUAUACUGUAUACAAAAAAAGAUUACAGUGCCAAGUCUAAAUGCCAAGUUAGAAUUUGAUAAGCGAGUUUAAUAUAAUAGGACAAUCUUUAGGGUAACCUUGAUUUAGUUCCUAUGAUUUUGUGAAUAUUUUGCACGAAAUAUGUUUUACCAAAAAUCUAAUGUAAUUUGAUUGUACCUGUACAUGAUUUGACUGAAAUUUAUCCUUAAGUAUAUGUUUUUUUUUCUUUCUUCAUAUGUCUUUAAGACUUUAAUUUGAUCGAUUUAUAAUUAGAUAUUCUAAUCAUCAUCAUUUUUUUCUUUAUAUAUUCUUAGUUCUAUACGAGAUUUGUUUGUGUAUGAUAUCAUUGCCAGGUAGUUAGGUAGUGGGUAAUUUUUUUAACCAGUCCUGUUCAGUUCAUGGAUAUCAUGCGUUAAGGACGCAUGGCUAUGAUUCUUGUAGGACUGUCUAUUAUUCCCAAUGUUUUAAUAAUGAAAUCCCUGAAUGAAAUGAAUCAGUACUAAUUGUCUUGUGGAUGUCGCCUCGGGGCAACAAAACAAAAAGACAGGUUGCAUGUACUGCCAACUCUCGCGACGUAAAUUAUUGCAAAUCUGAGGAAAUUAGUGCGAGAUGUUAAUUAACGUAGGAUCAAAACAUGACAGUUAGAGUUUGUAUAGUAGUCAAAGAAAUGGAUCUAUUCUCAUGUGUAGGAAUUGAGAAUUUGAAAGAUGAUAAUUGUACUAUUUGGAUGGAAUCAUAACAGACAUUCUUAUUUCAAUAAAUGGAAGAUUGAAUGAAUGUUUGUUGGACAGAUGAAGCAUUGACAGAUAUUGAUGUAGUGAUGGGCAAGUUGUUUAUAUAUCAGGUUUUUUAUUUGUCAAUUCAUAUUAUUAAAAUAAAGCCUGCGUAUUGGAUAGCUCUUAUUUAAAUUGGAAAAGAAAUGUUUAGAUAUUGUAAAUUUAGAUAUAGUCUGUAAAAUCUUGCUUUAAUAAUUUUUUUUCCUGCCAUAUCUUAUCACCAUGUAUCACACUUUUUUUUUUAUCGGUGUGGUUUUGCCCACAAUUGCUAUUAUGUAAUAAUUCUGUAUAAUUUGCUUCUGCGGAUUAUGUAAAUGCAUUCUACUCGUUAAGGAGAGAUAAUUAAAAGAUAUUAUUGGCCAGAAAGGAUUCUUUUGGGCCAUGUGGUGGAUGAGGUCAUCAGUGCAAAGAAGUUGUUAGUUGUGAUAGUUGUAGUGUUGUUGUGGGUGGCAGGCAACAAGGCACCUUUCAAGCCUGGCUAGGUUGCUGUUUAGUUAUUGUAGGUGUUUGAAACUCUGUACAGAUAAGAAAUGCAAGCUGUGUAUAAGUGUGAAUUUUAGCAACUAUCACUUGUUUUAUUCAAGGGAAAAUCUUUUCAAUAUACAUGUAUCAUAACUACAUAACUAAUUAGCUGCAAAUAAAUAGUCAGUAGUUUAAAAGGAAUCCUUUCAGCUUAAUUGUAAUGAAGUAGAUUACGGUAAUCUUGCCAUGAAUUAAAUAGCAAUGUAAGUUAGCGGUGUAUUGUUUUUAUGACUUUCUUAGCCAGUUUCAAUUUGACUGAUUUUAAUUUUAAAACAAAUGACAAUAGACGCUCAUGUAUAGACGAGCUUGAUUUUUACAUUUUCAUCUUUUAAACAGAGUGCUUUCCAAGCAAAUUCUUUAUACUCACUUUCAUUUUGAAGAUUUCUUUCUUUCACCCGUAGUCUGCAGACUUUGGGGAGAAUUCAUGCAUAGAUCGAUUACAUUUCCAUGUCAAGUGAAUUGAAGUUCUUUGAUUUUUGUUUGUUAUUAAAUCAGUGUGUACUGAAGCUAACAUAUACCCUGUUUUGUAAUGUUUGGAGUAUGUAUAAAACUCAUAAAGAUUGACACAACACAUUUGUAAAUGGUGGUUGUGAUACAAAUUGUUCCAAGUUCUGAUGUACUGACAAAUAAACCAUGUAAUUGUUGCCCCACACAA